UAAUAGGAACCCCGAAACCACCACCUCGCACUACCAUAUAUCCAAUUCAUACCUCCCGUCCAUUCUUCAUUUCUUCUUCUGUAUCUCUUUCUCUCCUCUCCUUCCAAUUCAGCUGCUGCUUUUCGGGGAUCUUGCAUUGAACGGUUCGCAGAUUGACUGAGUUUGUUGCUGAAGGCGCUUCGGGAAGGGGGCUGUUUCUUUGAGGAUGAAGGUCUCAGUGGUUUCGCGGAGUGGAAGAGAAAUCCUUAAAGGAGGCGUUGAUCUCAGUGAUUCGGCGACUGUAGCGGAUCUCCAGGAAGCAAUUCAUAAGCGAACCAAGAAGUACUACCCAUCAAGGCAGCGCCUCACCCUCCCAGUCCAACCAGGAUCUAAGGGAAGGCCUGUUGUCCUUAGUUACAAGAAAAGUCUUAAAGACUAUACAGAUGGAAAUUCAAACAACUUAACUGUAGUUUUCAAGGACUUAGGCCCUCAAGUUUCCUAUCGCACACUUUUCUUCUGGGAGUAUUUAGGUCCUUUGGUCCUCUACCCAAUCUUCUACUACUUCCCUGUUUAUGAGUAUUUUGGCUAUAAAGGGGAAAGAGUCAUCCAACCUGCGCAGACAUACGCCAUGUACUAUUGGUGUUUCCAUUACUUUAAACGUAUUAUGGAAACAUUUUUUGUCCAUCGCUUCAGCCAUGCAACAUCGCCCCUUUCAAAUGUGUUUCGUAACUGUGCUUAUUAUUGGACAUUUGGCUGUUAUAUUGCUUAUUAUGUGAACCAUCCACUCUACACCCCUGUAAGUGAUCUCCAAAUGAAGAUAGGGUUUGGUUUUGGGAUCCUCUGUCAAAUUGCAAAUUUCUAUUGCCAUAUUUUGCUGAGGAAUCUCCGUAGGCCUGAAGGGGAUGGUGGAUAUCAAAUCCCACACGGCUUUCUCUUCAAUAUUGUUACAUGCGCAAAUUAUACAACAGAGAUCUACCAGUGGCUGGGCUUCAACAUCGCAACACAGACUGUUGCAGGUUAUGUUUUUCUUGUGGUUGCUGCCGGCAUCAUGACCAACUGGGCUCUUGCGAAGCACAGGCGUUUGAAGAAGCUAUUUGAUGGAAAGGAAGGAAGACCCAGGUAUCCUCGUCGGUGGGUAAUAUUACCUCCAUUCCUGUAGAAGCCAUAGCCAUUUAAGAGGCCAUUGCUACUUGUUGUUCAUCUAGAUGUGGCAGUCUAGAUUUAUUGCAAUGCUGAAGUUGCUAGUCAUCCAGUGUUGUCAGACACGGAUUUUUCUCAGUUUCUCGUGAACUUUGAUAUAGGGAGCGGGCUCAAUUUGUUGGAGUUCUUAUUUGGUGUUAUUCGUCAGAAAAAAUUGUAAUAAUUUUCAGAUAGAAGUACUGGCUACUUUUAAUUGCUGUGAGGUUUAGGAUUGUUUUAAAUAGUAAGUUGUGCUGAUCAUAGUUGAGGCUGUUUAACUAUCCGAUGGGCUGUUUUGUGACUAACUCUAGUAUUUCUUUUAUUUUCCUGGGAAAAUGAUCCUCUUUGGCUCAUGCAUCCUUGGCUUAUGGAUGAUCCUUUUUUCUCA